AUGGCUAAGGCUAUGUAUGUUGUGGUCAUAGCCUUAUGUCUGGGAUUUGUACAUCAAAAGGCCAAUGGGGCUUUCAUGCAGAAGUUGUCAAAGAAGAAGCUCUGCGCCGAUGAUGAAUGUAUUUAUGCUAUAUCACUUGGUAGAGCUGAAGAUGAUUACCACGCUCCAGACUGCAGAUUUGUCAACAUUAAGAAAGGCGAGCUGGUCUACAUCUACACCAAGUUAGUAAAGGAAUACGAUGACGCGGGUGAAUUCUGGUCCGGAAGUAUUUAUAGUGACCAGUACAGGGAUCAGCAGGGACUUGUUGGUUAUUUUCCCAGCAGCCUUGUCACCGAGCUCAACGUCUACAAGGAUGAACUUCAAGAAUUACCCACCACAGUAAGUGCAAAAAAUACCUAG